UCGAGGAAUAUUGAACUUGAAUUCAUCAGUUUUUAAGAUGAGACGGUAUAUUUUGGUAUAUUUCUGAGGGUCGGACAGUAUACUUUAACGAUAAAUCCGCGGUCACACUGGUGCCCAUCCGUUUAUGUAAAUCCAACAAUUUUUAAAAAAUGUCGAAAAACUUGAUUUUAUCACUUACAAACUUUGUUAGAAGUUUGGAGCGUCUUUUCCUGCCAUAUGGCGGACAUCCACCAGCGCUGGCCCUGGCCGGCUUCCAGCACGAACAUAGCACCAGCAGCAACAAAAGGGCACAGGAAUUUAGUCUGAAGGAGCUGAUUGGCGAUGGAAUGCUGUGGGCCGUGCCCAAGCACAGGCGUUCCGUGGAGAAGCGUCUGAAUCGCAAAUUCGGCUAUCCUGAGUACGUGUGGAAGCCGCUCAAAGUGAAGCGAAACAUCCGCUCGUGCCAGACAUGCGGUCAUGACCAUGAAUUGGGUGUGCUGUGUCCCUUCUGCUACAACAAGGUGCUGAAGGAAACGGAGCAGAUGCAGGCGAAAAUCCAAGAGAAGCUCGGUCUGGAUCCCGUCGACAAGGAGGUUAUUGUGCUGUACGAGGGAGAGAAGGCCGAACAGACUGCCGAGCAACUGCAGGGCAAACGAAUUGUGGAAAUGAAAAAGCCACGUCCCAUGUGGUUCACCAAAAAUCUACUACAGAAAUCCACACAGCAGCAGUCGGAAGCCAAGGAGGUUAAACCCUCCGAUCUGGCAUAGAUAUUAGGUCACAUUGUGCAUUAAAACCUACUUUGUUAUCAACAGGCAA